AUGGGGAAAUUCGAAGAUGAAGGGAACUCGGAGUCUGCACCGUCGAAUCGACAACGAUCGGAAUCACUCUCCUCACAAACAUCCACCGACUCAGGCCUAUCGAUCGCCUCCGAAUUGUUCAUGAAGAACCACAAGGGAGGCAACACGAUGCCGAUGGAGGAAGAGGAUGGGGACCGAUACCGGGAUAUUGAAGACGGAAGGGAAACUGGCUCAGAUGAGCCUCUUAUAUCAAGCGGGAAGAAGGCAGGCUCGUCGAGUCGCCUGCGCCGGAUCGUCUGGUUACUGGUGUUGCUCUGCGUCGGUGGCUGGGUGAUUGCCUUCGUGCUGUUCCUCGCGCAGAAACGUCCCGAUACUGCGGCGCUCUCGUCUGCCUCAACCGUGGAUAUUCAUGAACCAAACCCGGCCGCCGGUGGUACAAGCCACGGGAAACCAGUGACACUCGAGCAAGUCUUGAGUGGUACUUGGUCUCCGAAGUCCCAUGCGAUCUCCUGGAUUGCGGGCCCGGACGGCGAGGACGGUCUUCUGGUUGAGCAAGGCGAGAGGCAAGACGCUUUUUUGCGGGUGAAAGACAUCCGCAGUAGUAAGGACGGCGUCGAUAGUCUCGAGACCAGAGUGUUGAUGAAGAAGGGGUACAUCUGGUUUGAUGGAGAGGCCAUGCAACCGGCCAAGACGUGGCCAAGUCCUGAUAUGAACAAGGUCUUGGUCAUGACUGACACCCAGUCCAAUUGGAGACACUCGUAUUUUGGGAAAUAUUGGAUUUUGGAUGUGGCCACACAGAAGGCCGAGCCGCUAGAUCCUGGGAACUUGAGUGGACGUGUACAGCUUGCAGCUUGGUCGCCAACCUCUGAUGCGGUUGUGUUUGUUCGUGAGAACAACUUAUAUUUGCGUAAGCUGGCUUCCUUGGAGGUCACCCCUAUCACCAAGGAUGGCGACGAGAACCUCUUCUAUGGUGUUCCAGACUGGGUGUACGAGGAAGAAGUCUUUGCAGGCAACACCGGCACCUGGUGGUCUGAUGAUGGGAAGUUUGUCGCAUUCCUUCGAACCAACGAGUCAGCAGUCCCUGAAUAUCCUAUUCAGUACUUCCUUUCACGGCCAUCAGGCAAAGAGCCACCGCCCGGACUUGAAAAUUACCCCGAAGUCAGGCAGAUCAAAUACCCCAAACCCGGCACCCCGAAUCCAAGUGUCAACUUGCAGUUCUAUGAUGUUGAGAAAAAUGAAGUUUUCUCAUUUGACAUGCCAGAGGACUUUGUUGACGAUGAAAGAAUUAUUAUCGAGAUUGUUUGGGCGUCCGAGGGCAAGGUUUUGAUUCGAGAGACCAAUCGAGAGAGCGAUGUUGUGAAGAUUUUCGUCAUGGACACAAAGGCCCGAACUGGGAAACUGGUGCGGUCAGACGAUAUCGCAGCUCUGGACGGUGGUUGGGUUGAACCUUCACAGUCCACUCGGGUUAUUCCCGCUGACCCCAACAAUGGUCGACCACACGAUGGUUACAUUGACACCGUUAUUUAUGAAGGCUAUGAUCACUUGGCUUAUUUCACACCUUUCGACAACCCAGAACCUGUGAUGUUGACCAAGGGUAAUUGGGAAGUGGUCAAGGCACCGUCCGCUGUUGACCUGAAGAAGGGCCUGGUAUACUUUGUUGCCACAAAGGAGGCUCCCACUCAGCGUCACGUAUACUCGGUCAAACUGGACGGAUCUGAUCUUCGACCUCUGACGGAUACAUCUGCACCCGGCUAUUUCGAUGUCUCAUUUUCCCAUGGAGCUGGCUAUGGUUUACUCAGCUAUAAAGGCCCAGCAGUGCCGUGGCAGGCUGUGAUCAACACCCAAGGUGACGAAAUUGACAUCAUAAAUCUCAUCGAGGAGAACGUUCAACUCGCUAAGAUGGUCGAAGAAUUCGCCCUCCCAACAGAGGUGUACACCAAUGUAACCAUUGAUGGUUACACGCUCCAAGUUCUAGAGCGCCGCCCUCCAAACUUCAACCCUGAAAAGAAAUACCCCGUGCUUUUCUUCCUAUAUGGUGGACCAGGAUCGCAAACGGUCGACCGCAAGUUCACGAUUGACUUCCAGACCUAUGUCGCCUCGAGCCUGGGUUAUAUUGUCGUCACUGUGGAUGGCCGAGGAACAGGUUUUAUUGGGAGAGAAGCCCGCUGCGUUGUACGUGGUAAUAUCGGCCAUUAUGAAGCUAUCGAUCAGAUUGAGACGGCCAAGAUCUGGGCUAGCAAGAGUUACGUGGAUGAAAGCCGCAUGGCAGUCUGGGGCUGGAGCUACGGUGGCUACAUGACCCUGAAGGUCCUUGAACAAGAUGCGGGCGAGACGUUCCAAUACGGCAUGGCCGUGGCACCCGUUACUGAUUGGAGGUUCUAUGACUCUAUCUAUACAGAACGUUAUAUGCACACCCCCGAGCACAACCCCUCAGGUUAUGCAAAUGCCUCCAUCAAUGAUGUCAUGGCCCUAGGCCACAGUGUACGGUUUUUGAUCAUGCACGGUGUUGCCGACGACAAUGUUCAUCUCCAAAAUACUCUUGUGUUGAUCGACAAGCUGGAUUUGAAGAAUAUCGACAACUACGACAUGCAGGUCUUCCCUGACUCAGACCAUAGUAUACAAUUCCACAUGGCGCAUGCGCUUGUUUAUGAACGUCUCUCGAGCUGGCUCAUCAAUGCGUUCAAUGGUGAAUGGCAUCGGAUCACGAGUCCGAAACCACAAGAGUCGACGUGA